CUCUCCUCUGCUGCUGGAUACGAACCGCGGCCACGGCCAAACAGCAGACCCUUCCCCCUGUCCCUCACCGUUAACAGCGCUGAUAUAGCAGGCUGUUCGCUCGCCUUCUGGCCUCGACCUCGUUGCCCGUCCUCGGGUCAACUGCUGGGCAGACAGGACAGGCAGACUCUUGCGCCGCUGGCUGCUGCUCCCUUCUGCUGCCCGUUCGCUCGCCCUGCUCUACAUGCUUCGAUGACACUGUACAACAGCAGCUCAGUCCCCCGGCGGAAAAUCCCCCAGUCGGCCUCGCUCGCCCUGUUCCUUUUCUCUGCUGCCGCUGCUGGAUUGCCGUGCUUCUUCCCCCGUUAGCAUGCAGGCCACUACAGACAGUUACCGCCAGCCAGACAACCGAGGCGCUUCGUCCAGGCGACUGGCCCAUCUCUCUAUCAGUGACGACAACCGCCAUGUUACGGAGGCUAUUGGAUACAUGUACAAUGACGCCUACGACGGCAGCUCGGCUGGAAGUGGGAGUGGCAGCAGCCAUGGAAAUGGAAGUGCGAGCCCGAGAGACUCGAAGCGUCUGAGCUAUCUAUCACAGGAGAAAAACCUCUCGACAAACCCCAUAAACCGGACCAUGGCCGCGUCCUCGUCUCCCAGCUCAGCUUCGGCGUCAGGGUCCAGCACGGGUACUACCAAGGAUCGAACUCAUCUGCCCACCCGCACCAGCUCGAUAAACGGCGUUAACGGCCACGGAAGCCCGUCACGUCAUACGCUCUCUCCCAACGACAGUACCGGCCAACUCUCCCCCAGCCGGAACCAUUCUUCUUCUGACGGGCCGGUCUCUUUCCCUCUGACGGAUAUAGACUGCCAGUCUGACCCUGCAACCGUAGCCCAGGAGCUCAGUAACCUCGCCGCUCUUCGCCGGAUGUCUAUGGACGUAGGCUCCCUUGACCCGGAUCUACCUUCAUUUGGCGGGCUCGUGUCUUCAAUAGCCCCUUCUCCCUCUGCAGACGAGGACGACGCAUCCCGUCUCUUCUGGGUACCCGCACAUCUUCACCCGGGCCUCGCUCCCAAGGAGUUCAAGUCUUUUCUAGACAGCAAAGCGGAUCAGAUACAACGGAGGUCUGGAGAACUCUCACCCACCGAGGGAGCAGCGCUGCUGCAACGCCAGGGUUCGGUAAGCAGCUUGUCGCGCAAGAAAUCACUGCUCUCGCGCCAGGUGGACAGCUCCAGCAUUGGAAGGGAGGAUUCCAGAGUGUCGAAAAAGCCAAAUCUAGCAGCCCUGUCCGAAGAACCACGAAACCAGUUUGGGACUUUUGCUGAUGAGGACGUGCCGAUCCUGCCUCCUGCGCCACCGGGCUCUAGUUUGCGCCGUUCCAGGAGAACAACCUAUAGAAAGGGUAGCCUGAAAGCAGGAGAACGGGUACCUCAUUCAAGACGAGCGGCAAGACAGUCUGAUGUAAGCCAGUCGGAGGAUACGACUGAUGAUUCAAGCAUCAAACGAUCGUCUACACCUACCAAGGAGCCUCCCUUACCGGGCCUGACCAGGGUUACUACGGAUCCGGCAGGGUAUGAUAGUAACGCAACCAACUACUCAAGGCCAGCCCGGUCAAAACCAGGAUCACUGUCCUCAGCUUUGCCUCCCUCGGCCACAGAGACGGCCCCUGAGCACAACCACACACCCGCCCGUGCCAGUGCGCCAUCCCGUACGCAGCAAUGGGCAUCACAACCCAGCGAACAGCCUCCUGCUUCACUACAUCAUCACUCGCUCUCACAACCACAAUUGCAAACACAACCCAUCGAACCACCCCGGGCAGACUCCCUACGCUCAACAGGCGGUAAUAACAACAACACAACAACUUCAACCACCACCAUCAACACAAGCAACCAACAAAACCAGCUAUACAUACCGGAGCGGAAUUCAUCGCAUCACCCACCACCCUCACUCCCACCUCAAGCACCACUACCUCCAGAACCUGCAACAGGUCGGACAUCCAAGAGAGCUGGGCUUAUCAUACCAACAAAAGAAGCUCCUCCCAUCAGCGACCCGUUGCCCAAGAUUAUUACCCCAGCAUCCUCCCAUGCUCAGAGUGUUGUCCAAGAACGUCGAAAAUCCGACGAAAAAGAAAAGGAUAAAAAGGGCAAGAGUAAGAAGGAUUCGGAGGUGAAGAAGUCAGGUUGGCAUUGGCGCCGAGGUGCAGCAUCCGAGGAAAAAGAGAGAGAAAAGGAGAAGAAGAAAGAAGAGGAAGCAAAGCGCAAGACGUCGAAGUCAUACGGCAAGACAGAUAAGCCUCACGACAACGCCCGUCUUGACCUCCUUCAAACAUCCAUUGACGGACAAACUCCUACCAAGUUUAAAGAAAGAGAAAGCCUCGUCCUCGACCGCCCUGCCGUUGACGAAGACCUUCGUCCCGCUCGUAAGGAGCAACCGCGCAAAUCCUCAUCUCCUCCUCCCAAAAAGGAAAAGGAGCCGUCUCUAUUCUCAUCUAUCUUCGGUGGCAGCAAGAAAAAAUCCAGCUCUCAUGAUUCCCACUCCCGAAAACAUUCUCGCUCACGCGUUCGUUCACCCUCGCCAGAUAUCAAAUAUUAUAAUCUUAAGGCGGAUGUCGACUACAACUGGACCCGCUUUUCGAUCAUGGAGGAACGUGCCAUAUAUCGCAUGGCCCAUCUCAAAUUGGCCAAUCCUCGGAGAGCCCUAUAUUCACAGGUUCUUCUGAGCAACUUCAUGUACUCAUACCUCGCCAAAGUGCAGCAGAUGCACCCCCAUAUGGCACUACCAACCUCACCCGCAAAACUCAAGGCGAAGAAGAAGGAUACGCAGCAGAGUCAAAAUCAUGGUCAACAAAAGGCGACAGAUGAUCCCUCCCAUUACCAAGAUGGCCAUGACCAAAACUCAUAUGCAGAAAAUGGAGAUUCGCAAAUGUACGAUUAUGACCUUGACGAUGGAUAUGAGCAGUCUCAACAUUCUUCGAGUCAGAAAUGUGAUUACUCAGAUGGACGAGCGGACGACCACGAUGGUAUGUGGUAGUUGGUAACCUGUUAUAUAUACAUAGCUUGGUUACAACUAUUCUUCCGCGUACUUCAUCUCCCUAGACCUUCAAUAUGCCUCUGUCCCUACCUCCUCGUUCCCACCUCUUAUUAUACUUUGUACUCACCCACUCCGGGACCCAGACAUGGGAACCCUUCCAUACACAUUAGAUAUUCCACAUUUUUCCUUCCUUUAUUUUGAUUCUACUGGUGGCAUAGCGGGACCGUCUUUCUUGUUUUUCAUUUGGCCUUUUAUCUGCCCCGUCUCUAUCUCCUCGUUAUUAAACGUAUUAACGCAUGCUGAAUGGUUCUCCCAUGUACACUGCUUUUCUCCUUAACGGAACUGCCCCCUUCCCCCCU